AUGUUUCUCACUGUGGCUGUGGGCUCCGUGGUGGGAGCCUGUUCGUUUGUUGUUGGUUGGGUGACAAGCCGUUGGAAGUCUCCUCCCGAGGUUCCAGACACCAGCGAACAGUUUCGUUCUGAGCAGAAGCCAGUGAAGGUGCCACGUAAGAAGCUGAACGAACUUCUGCCAUCCACUUACGCCGAAUACAACAAACUAACGGGUGAGGCGGGGAAGAUGAUGCAAUACAGAGUCGAGACCGUGAAGGAAAUGAACACCAUUGCUAAAGGACUGGAAGACAAACAUCGCGGCCUCAACUUAGAUAAGUUGAUCGGGUCGAGUGCCGGAAUCGUUGGGGCUGCCGUUAGCUUUGUCGGAUUCACUUACGUUUUGUUUACGCCCGGCGCGAGUGCCCUGCCUGCGUGCGUGGGUGGAGCGGCGCUAGCUGCAGGAACCACGAUGUCUGUGGGCGCGCACGUUUACGCCAAGAUACUUGAGAGCGAGAAUCUCACCAAAGUGAAAGACAAGAAACAGUGUGGUGAGGAAAGACAAGAAACAGUGUGA